AUGGACACUCGAGCGAAUAUUGUAAACUCGAUUAUACUAUCAUUAAGGCGGUGCACGAACAGGAAUAAGUAUGUGCUUCUGUUAAACGAGCUCCUUUCCCUCUUCCCGAUGCACGCCGAAAGGAGCCUAAAUUUGUGUCUAAAUUCUAAAAUUAAAAAGUACACCUUGAUAAAGGAGAAGCGUCCAAAGAAGGAUUAUCCGUUGUAUCCCAGUCGGUUCAGGGGAAAUAGCAAAAACUGGCGGUGGACAAGGCAUGAUGCAUGCUUAAGUGAUUGCACCGAUGUUGUUAGAGCACAGAAAAGGAAAGGAGCUCUAGGCCAACAUGUACUUCCUCACUUUAAGAAAACGAAAAAGAAAAAGAAAAAAACGCGCUUGCAUUUCUUUGUAGUCUGUGGAAAUAACGAAAAAUAUCUCGUGUUCCAAAAUUUCUGCUCCUGUUUUUAUUUUAAGCAAAAAGUUUUGUGGAACAAUAAGGACGUAAUGUGUAAGCACAUUUUGUCCGUCCACCUGGCGGAGAGCUCCAAAAAUUACGUGAACAUUUUCCUAGAUUCGAGUUUGUUUUUUGAGUGGUUCGUAAAGAAGCUACGUGCUUAA